UCACAUUGUGAUGAGAUGUGACAUGACACUUUGACUCAAAAUGACUGAUAAUGCACAUUCAACACUAUGUAACUAGUGUCAAAUAAAGUCCAUAGUCUGCCUCAUAGUAUGUGUUUGUGUACGCCAGCUAGGUCUGUCUGAUAAUGCUUCUAAAUCAACAACUAAAGUGUAACAUCCUCAGUCCACUUGAUGAGGAGUCAUGAUGUUGUUCCAUAAAGUAUGUGCACUCGCUGUGUCUUUCCAGGCAGCUGCGUGGGUCGCUGUGGGGAGGCUUUCACCAGAGGACAGCGCUGUACUUGUGACUUCAGCUGCCAGCAGCAUAACGAGUGCUGCCCGGACUUCCAGGCUACUUGCACCAAUGCUCAGUCCUGUCGGGGCCGCUGUGGUGAGGCGUUCAGGCGCGGUCGUCUGUGUGAGUGCGAUCCAGACUGCUUCCAGUUCAGCACCUGCUGUCAGGACUACCAGUCGCACUGCGAGGCCCGAGUGCCAGUUUUCCAGCCCAGGAACUCGCAGCCUGUGAGGGCAGCAGCUUCAGGAAAUCUGGGAUCAGAGAGCUUGAGAGGGUCCAACAGUGCGAGUGAAGAACAAUACACAGGUGUGAGGAACAUGGCAGCUGCUCACAGCAGGGCGCCGGUCUCACCUGCACGUGGCUCCUCUCUGCCCCGCCGCAGGGCGCCGCUCACCCCCCCUGGGCCCGCAGCAGUUGGUGUAGCUGGUGGUCCAGCACUCACCAACCCCAGACCCAGCACCCUGCAGGACGUCGCCCAGGCCCUGGCUCUACUGGAGGGGGGCCCUGAGGGACUGGGGACAGGAGUCCUUAAUGAUGCCAACCUGUGCAGUGAUUCUCCCAUCAAUGGACUCACAGCUCUUAGCAAUGGGACCAUUCUGAUAUUUAAAGGGGAUGAGUUCUGGACAGUGGACGCCAUCAGUCGCUCAGUGGGUAGUCCACAGAGCGUCAUGGACACUCUGGGCGUCCCCUCUCCCAUCGACACUGUGUUCACACGCUGCAACUGCCUCGGACACACCUACAUCAUCAAGGGAGACCAGUACUGGCGUCUCAAUGGCAACAUGGUGAUGGAGCCGGGCUACCCCAAACCUCUGGUCUCAGAGUUCCCGGGUCUGACAGGAAGCAUCAGCGCUGCACUGGCAGUACCAGCCGCCGGCAGCAGAGCGGAGACGGUGUACUUCUUUAAGAGCGGAGACAUCAUGCAGAGCUUCAGCUUCCCACCAGCCAGCACUCCCUCCUGCAGCAAGGCUCCCAGGGGGUCCUCCAGGGGCCGAUUGGCUCGCCAGGCUGACGUUCUUCUCAGUGGGGAGAUAAACAUCAGGGUGUCUCUGACCGGAUUCCCCUGCCCGGUCACCUCGGCCCUGUCCAUGCCCAGUCCUCAGAGGAGCGACCCAUACGAGCACUACGUCUUCUCUGGACCUCUUUUCUUCGGCGUCCAGACUUCGGGUGACCUGCCCGCACUGCGCAAACCGCAGACCCCCACACCUAGCCCCGUCACCGUGGCAACCGCUCAAAACGCCAAAACUCCCCUCCCAUCCAACUCCAUCAAAGUGUGGCUGCGCUGUCCGUAGCAACAGGAGCAUCUGGUGUUUUCUGUAUCAGC